GAGUUCUUUUGUAGUGGAAAAGAUCGUGUUGUUUUCCCCCCUCGACUUCCAUCUCGGUGUCGGAAUAAUGAGAUGAUGAGGUCUAUAUCCAGAACGUUUCCGUCGGUGAAGCUCCGCAAUCCCAACCCUAACCCACAAAAAUUCCCCAAAUCCCAGGAUUUGCCGACCCAAAUCUCGUCAUCUUCCUCUUCGCCGAGGAGCCCAAAUUCGAAAUCCGCAAUAAAGUCAAGAUCUUGGUGUGUUUAUCUGAUUCUGUCUACGAACAAACCCAUCAAAACUUAUGUCGGCGUCACAACCGAUUUCUCUCGCCGAUUGAAGCAGCACAAUGGCGAAAUCAGAGGCGGUGCAAAAGCUUCAUGUGCAGGAAGACCCUGGCUUUGUGCCUGCAUUGUCCAUGGUUUCAAUGGCCAAAGCGAAGCUUCUUCCUUUGAAUCAAAUUGGAAGAGCAUCUCAAGAAAGUUGCCUCGGAAACAGAAGAACAGGGACACGUUGGAGCAGAGCGAUGAUGGUUCACAUGCCUUGCUACAGCACCGGAAAACAGCCCUGGAUAAAGCCAUGGAAGCAUUACAAUGGCAGCACUUAGUUUCAGAUGGGGACUGUCAUUAG